AUGCUUCACGACAGUGUCGCAAAGCAUGAUGCAACGCUACUCAUGGAAACGAGCCGGCGGACGGAGUUUUGUUUACACUCUUGGGGAGCCAACAGCUACGGGCAGCUGGGACAGGGACACGUGGAGGACCUGACGGAGCCCCGGGACACCACGGCUCUAACAGACCGGGCUGUACGGGCUCUCAGCGGCGGUGGAGGCCACACCGUGGCUGUCACCGAAAAUGGAGAGGUGUUUGUGUGCGGACAGAAUCACAGAGGCCAGCUGGGACUUGGCCACAAUGCAGACGUCUCAACUCUUCAACUCUGCCCCAGUCUGAAUCAGAGGGUCACAAAAGUAGUCUGCGGUUGGGAUUUUACUCUUCUUCUCAACGAUUGUGGUCGAGUUCUGGCAUGUGGCUCCAAUGCUUAUGGACAACUAGGUGUUGGACAAAACGUCACACACACUGCACAUCUACUGGUCAUCGAGAGUCUGGAGGAGCUAGUAGUGAGUGUAGCAGCAGGACUCAGACAUUCACUAGCUGUUACUGACUCCGGCCGUGUAUAUCAGUGGGGUAGUGGUCUUUUCAGUCACGCUAAGAGAGCACUCGGCCCACGUCCUGUCCCACCACACCUCCGCUCUACGGUGCCCUCUCUGGUACCAGGUCUGGAUCAGAAGAUCUCACACCAGGUAACUGCAGGCUCAGCGCACUGCGUGUGCCUUACAGGAGACGGUGACUUGUUUCUGUGGGGAAGCAACAAGCGCGGCCAGCUGACUGCUACAGAGCCCUUCCUGUCCUCUCCAACUCUUGUGAAGCGCUCACUGCUGGGUAAUGAGAAAGUUCUCAAUGUGUGCAGCGGCUGGACGCACAUCGUUGCUCAAACAGAGAGUGGGAGAGUGUUCACAUGGGGCAGAGGAGAUUAUGGGCAGCUGGGCCGACAAGCACCAACCAGUCGGACCUCAAAGUGGCCGUCGACUGAUCCUUCAGCAGAGGGUCCAAACCAGGAAGCUCGCCUCCCUGCCGAGGUUAAAGUCCUCCGUGGAGCGACACAGAUUGCAUGCGGAUCUGAACAUAGCCUUGCCAUUGUGGGCGGCUGUCUCCUCUCCUGGGGCUGGAACGAACACGGGAUGUGUGGAGACGGUUCACAGAGCGACGUCUGUCAGCCACAGCUCGUUUCUGGUCUCAGACCUCUUCUCAUUGGCUGCGGAGCUGGACACUCUAUGGCAACGUGCGCUGCGACGACUGACUUAAGACAAAACCCUGCGACGACUCCGCCUCACUAACCUCGGAGCAGGGACAUUUAAGAAAAACAGAAUGGCUUUGUGAAUUAACAAACUUCUGACUGAUUCAGCGGCUUAUUGGUGCUCUGCAAAGCCCACAUAUGAUCAUUCUAACUGCCUUACACUGUAACUUUCACCUUCUAAUAGGCUACUAGGCUACUAAAGAUCAGGUUUCAAACUGCAGUUGUCAUAAAUACUGCGGUGUGGUCGGUCGGACACAGACCGAGUUAUGUUUCAUGUGGACGGAGGCCAUCAUUUCUCUGACCAGCCUGUUACUUUGAUGAACGUGAUUGGGGCCGAUGGCUCUGCAGGACAGGGCCACGCCUAUAGCUCCUGGUCCAUUCUUGUCUUCCAGAAGGAAGCCGUCAUGGAUAACGUGAGGAAUGGGCUAGACUGUUGCUAUCGCUCCAUCUUGCCGUGUCAGCAGUUUUAUUGCUGUGAUCUCGAGUGUCAGAAAGCAGUCAAUCUCUGCACUUCAUACUAAUAUCUCUCGGUCACCUCAUGAUUUACACGCUUACACAUUCAGUACAGUAAAUGUUUCUUUGGCUACCGUUUAUCACUCCUUGAUGUUCUUGGCAGUCUGUCAUAUUCUUUGUCUCAUUGGCACCACUUUCAUACUGUAUACUACUUAAUCCAUCUUGGGGGAAGUUUGUCCGCUGCAUUUGACCCAACAUACAUAUUCAUAAUCUGUGGGCGACCGCAGUGCAGCACCCGGGGACCAAACUGCAGGUCUGAAGCCGGGGCUGUGGUCAAAGGCAAUGGCAGAAAUCAGAAUGGCUCAUUGAUGCAAUUUAUUCACUUUUUUUUUUUUAUUUAAAAGUUUUUAUUUUAUCCUUAUGA